UGAAUGAGAAUUUACAAUUAUGAUAAAUAACGUGAAUUAUAUAAAGGGUAUAAUAGGUAGUUUAACAAUGCAGUGGGCUUAUGUCAAGCUGAAAAAUCAUAUUAGCAAAUUGCCCCCUUAAAAAAAAUAGAAUUAUUUCGGAAGUACUAAUUUUGAUAUAAUGGCAUUCGGAUUAAACUAAAAUGUGAAAUUAAUAUUAUUUGAAAAAAAAAAAUCGAAGUAGAAAUUGCUAGGAAAUAGCUAGUUUGGCGCCAUCCGACUCCAACCAGUGUUAUUUUAUCAACCAUAUAAAGUCAAAGUGAGACCCCAUUUAAUUUAUAUUUGACGCAAAAAAUUCCCAACUACCCCCAAAAUGGUCGACUGAAGAAUUUUCAAAUCCAUGAGCUAAUUGAUUCCUGAGUUUCUGGGCAUGGAAAUUGUUGCUGCUGUCGCAAGCAUUACCCAAUGCUUAUGUGGAGAAUGCUGCUCAAGCCAGUCAGUUUCCCGACAAUGCAGCUACCUUAAAAGACCGAAAGCUGCAAUAAAGUUAUUGCAGCAAAAAGCCGAACUGCUUAACGCUAGAGAGGCUGACGUGAGAACCAAGUUAGACGAGGAACAAAUGUUUCGUGGAAUGGAUCCUACAGCCGAAGUCAAUUUGUGGUUGGAUAACAUCCAAAAGAUGAAACGCACAUUGGCUAGUUUUGAAGUGGAAAUUCAAGAAAAUAAGACAUGUUUAUGCGGAUGUUUUCCUAACUAUUACAAUCGAUUAAAGUUGGGGAAGUUUGUUAGUAAAAGAAUCCACGAAGUUGACACGCUCCUCGAACAGAGCCAAUUUCCUGGAAUUUCAUUGGUUAAUAAUAUGCUGCCGGAGAAGGGGAAGACUUUGCCCACGACGACGCUCGUAGGAGAAACGGCCAAGAUCGUACUGCACCGAACUUGGGAGUACCUUAUGGGAAUAAAUAGCGAAAUAAUUGCAAUCUAUGGGAUGGGAGGCGUUGGGAAAACAUCUAUAAUUAAAGAAAUUAAUAAUAAGCUAUUAGCGGAAAAUACCCAUUUUGAUCACGUCAUUUGGGUGACGGCGUCGAAGGAUUCAAACACGGAAAAGCUGCAGAAGGAUAUUGCAAAAGAGAUCGGUUUGUGCUUCGAUGAUGAAGACGGUGAAACGAGACGGGCCCGCAAAUUAUUCGAAGCAUUGUGGCGAAGGAGGAAAUUUCUAUUGAUAAUUGAUGAUCUAUGGGAAGCAAUUUCACUUGAGGAGAUUGGAGUUCCGAUUAGAGCAGGUAAAUUAUUAAUAACUACUAGAUUGUUGAGAGUGUGCCGAAGGAUGGAAGCGGAGAGAGAGAUUGAAGUUGAUGUGCUCUCUCCGCAAGAAGCUUGGGACUUGUUUAAACAAAAGGUGGGCGAAAGGGUAAUUUCGUCACCGAGAAUAAAUGAUCUUGCGAAGAAAGUUGCAAAAGAAUGUGGUGGCCUACCUUUGGCCCUCAUCACAGUCGGGCGGGCCCUACGAAACGAAAACAAAAUUAAAUACUGGCAGACUGCGUUAUCCGAAUUAAGAAACUCCACUACCAACAUCGAAGGGAUGACGAAUCAUGUUUUUGCGCGGUUAAGAUUUAGCUACGACAGGCUAAAAGAUGAUGUCACGCGUUCCUGUUUUCUGUACUGCGCUUUAUAUCCGGAAGAUCAUCUUAUCGAAACAGAGGAGCUGAUAAAGUAUUGGGUAUGGGAAGGGCUUUUUGGUAAAUCCGGGAGUCAGGUCGAUAAGAUGAAAAUGGGAGAGAUGGUUCUAAAUGAGCUCACGAGUACUUGCAUGCUGGAGAGAGAAGGCACCACUGAUUAUAAGUAUGUGAAGAUGCAUGAUUUGAUUAGGGAUAUGGUAAUCGCACUUACUCGAGAAAACUCGACUUUUAUGGUCAAAUCAGGACAUGGGUUGCGGGUCCCGCCGAUGGAGAAUGAUUGGCCGGAAGAUCUCGAGAGAGUGUCGUUGAUGCGGAAUGAUUUAAGCUCUUUAUGCUGCGAACCGAUCUGUCCUAAGCUUUGCACUUUGCUGCUGCAGUAUAACUCGUUCGAUAAAGGGAUUCUUCCUUCUUUCUUUAGGUACAUGCCAAACCUUGAAGUUGUUGAUUUGUCUUUUACCGGUAUUGAUCAUUUGCCCGAGUCGGUUUCCCAUCUGGAGAGCCUUCACGUUUUACUUUUGCGCAGUUGUUGGAACUUGUUGUGCGUGCCGACGCUUGCGAAGCUUAAAAAAUUGAGGGUUUUGGACCUCACUUAUACACCGAUCGAACAAAUGCCCGAAGGGAUGGAAACGUUAGAAAACCUUCGGCACUUAGGACUGUCGUAUACUAGAGUUUCGAACAUGUCCAGCUCAACUUUUCCUUUGGAAAAUUACAAAUUCAUCGAGAGUCUAUCCUUAAUUGGCCUUCAACUGGAAUCCGCAAGCGGAGAAAGUUCGAGUCUAGUUGACGUUCUCGCAAGUUGCAACACUUUGGUUGAACUGGAACUAAGCUUCGAUUGCAUGCGAGACUUUGAUCGGUAUAUAACUUCUGGGCAUUGGAGUUUACUCGAGAAUUUCAAAUUCUUGAUAGGCGACCCCACGUCGUCAGUGGAUACUGGUAAAAACAGCGUAAGCUUCUUUGAGGUUGAUAUAUACGAUUCAUUAGGUGCUGUUUGGUUGGCCGAUAAGGUUAACGAGUUGGCGAUCCAUGCAUGCCCAAGUAUCACUCACUUACCGGCCUUCAUUACAUCUUCCAAGCUACAACACUGUAGAAUCCAACAUUGCGAACAAAUGGAAUUCGUAAUUGGCGUUGCUGAACGGAGCGCUUUUCGUGAAUUAGAGUGGUUAGAAAUCGACGGCUUGAGUAAGUUAAACGGAAUUUGCAACGGUAUUGUGCAUGGGGGAACGCUCGCGGGACUUGAAGUAUUGCAUAUCAGAGCGUGCCGCAGCCUUACGACCCUCCUCCCACUUGAGCUUGUCAAGAACUUGAGAAACAUUGUCGAAAUAAAAAUCGAAAGCUGUGAAAAAAUUGAACAAGUAAUUGAAGUGACGGAAAUAAACGAUGUUGAUAUAGUGCUCCCUGCUUUACGGAUACUGAAGUUGACUUGUUUGCCGGAACUUAAGCAAAUAAGCAGAGGACGAAUGAUUUGUGAUUCAUUAUCUAGCGUGGAGGUUUACAGCUGUCCCGGAUUGACAACAUUGCCCUUCCUCGUCGAGAUAAGGGACGAAAUGAUUAACUCUCUCAAGGAAAUAAGAGGAGGUAAAAGGUGGUGGAAGGCAAUAAGUAGGAAUCACGAAAAUGCCACCAACCGGUUGCAUGCAGUCUUUGAAGAAGUAGCAGACGAUUCUUUUGUGGGAGAUGAUUCUGACGAUGACCGCUCCGUGUGCAGCGAUGGAUCCGGAAGUUUUCCACUUUCUCCUCGAUAAUUUGUUUCCACUGAACCUUCAACGAACCUCGACUUCUCCAUUUCGGAGAAAGAUCCGUAAAGUAGCCCUUAUCCACAUCGAGCCCUUCUUCUGCCGCCAGCAUCUCCACCUGUUUCUGCACUCUAUCGGCUCCAAUUUGAUUCGGCUCGAGUAACAUACAAGCUAUCUCAGUUGUGUCCUCACCGUGGACCAAUCCGAGCGUCUGCACGGUUGGCAGGCCCCCACCACGAGCACUCACCAUAAGAGCGAUCCUCCGAGCUGCGGAGAAAUCAACGGACAUGAUUGGCACGUUGUAUGUUGCGAUCCACGGACGGGCACCGAUCAUGACCACGCCUUUGGUUUUUGAAACCGUUUCGGGCCCUUCGUUCGGUUUCUCAGCAAGUGUUGUUUCUGGUUCAUGUGGCCAACCGGCCCAUUUGUUUCCUGUAAAGUUUGGCCGGUAAUAACCUAGUUCGCGCCUUAUCGUCUCCAAGGACUUACCCGUCGGGUGGGCCGCACCGUAUAGGUACACCGGCACUACAGUGGAUUAUUGAAAUUGUAAAUGGUAAAAACUCAUCAUUUAAAUGGGAGUUUAAUUUAUUGCAAUUAGUACUCCUAUGUUAUAUCGAAUUGUUGAAAAUACUACCCUGUGUCAUUUUAUUGGCAAAAAAUCCACGUAUAAUUUAUUUCUUUAGCAAUUAGUACCCCUGUAUAGGGGUUGCGUGCUGAAAAAAUUGAAUCAGAGGGGAGGUUGUGCCAAUAAAAUAACAUAGGGUAGUUUUUUAGCAAUUCAAUAUAACACACAGGUACUAUUUGCAAUAAACCCUUUAAGGGGUUGUAUGCUAAAAAAUGCAUUAUAGUGUUGUGUUUUUGCUGAUACUAAAGCAUAGGGGUGUGCGCGCGUCAUAAACUCGCGGGUUCUAGCGACACCCACCAUUGUCCCGUCAACUAACGGUUUUUGAUUGUAAGGAACCAAAAUUGUGGGUUAUCCACGGGUUUAGGAUAGAUGAAUCCAUAACUGGUUAUAGUAGAACCUA